AUGACCAGGACCAGCAUCGCACUUGUGAUCGCCCAUCCGGAUGAUGAAGUCAUGUUCUUUGGCCCGACCCUGGCAGAACUGACCCGACCUGAGCACGGAAACAUCGUCAGAGUCUUGUGCAUGUCCAGUGGAAACCAUGAUGGAUUGGGGGAGACUAGGAAGAAGGAGCUGGUCGCGAGUUGCAAGUCCUUUGGGAUCCGCGAGACACAUGUUACGAUCUUGGAACGAGAGGAACUCAAGGAUGGCCCUAAUGAACUCUGGGACCCGUCGUUGGUGGGCGAUCAGAUGAAUCUCUUUGCCAAGAAGCACAAUAUCGAGACUCUCAUUACGUUUGACGAGAAGGGCGUCUCGGCACACACUAACCAUAUCGCCUGCUAUGUCGGAUUAACCUACUUUAUCCAGACCUUCAAGGAACGUACUCCCGUGAAGACCUGCUACGUCCUCAAAUCCGUGUCGCUCCUCCGCAAGUACAUCUCCCUACUGGAUCUGCCUAUGACCAUGCUCAUGACCGAGUCCCUCAUGCCUCUGAUGUCCGGAUGGAUGAGCCUCGGAGGUGCAGCCCCCCUGGCCGGCGGCUCCAACCGUGUGAACAACCGGAGCCUGAGCAGGCCCUUGGAACUUUUGUUCGUGAGCUCUCCCAAGGCGAUCUUCCAGGCCAAGCGCGCAAUGGAGAAGCAUGAGUCCCAGAUGGUGUGGUUUCGAAAGCUCUACGUGAUCUUUUCGAGAUACAUGUCCAUCAACGAGUUGCGACGAGUCAUGUAA